UCCCAGGUCCCUCACUCUCUUAGGUCGAAUAUCCCUCAUCCACUUUCAUCCAAGGGCCCUCACCCACUUAGAUCCAAGGGCCCUCACUCAUUUAGGUCCAAGGGCCCCCACUCAUUUCGGUCGAUGGUCACUCACUCACUUAGGUUCAAGGGCCCUCACCCACUUAGAUCCGCAUGCCCUCACCCACUUAGUUUCAAGGUGCCCUCACUCACUUAG